GGUAUAAUAGAUAAUUGAUUUGAAAAAGCAGGGUGAACUUACAGUAAAACUUACUUUUAACUUACAGUAUUUUUCCAAUUACCUCCUUUAUUGUUGCAGUUAGACGAAGCCUGUAUGAUUAUUCUACAUGAAUUUGCAAAGUAUGACAAGCAGGAGACCUGUCAGAUUAGCAAGACAGCAUUUCGGCAUGCACUGGCUAACUUGAGGAAUCCCAUGUACGCAAUGGAUUUGGAGCAUCUGUUAGCCAGGUUUAAUUUGAAAAGGAGAGAUGGGCUUGUGGACUACUUAAAAUUUGUGGAAAAACUGCAAAGCAGAUCAAAUCUAAGUCUAUUCAACAAGAUGCUUCCAAAACUAAAUCACAGGCUUUAUGCUGAUGGUGAAAAUCCCCGAGUCUAUAAAGAUGGUCUGACGGCUUCUGAAGCUGAGGUUUGCUUGUUAAAACAGUGUCACAGGCUUUUCCUUCAACUGUUGACAGCAUUCAGAAAAGCUGACAUUUCUGACCAUGAGACUGUCAGUUACCACGAAUUUAAGGAAAUCCUUGAAAAGGUUUUCCAAAUUCAACUGACGAAGGAUCAACUUGACACCAUUGUGAACAAAGCUGGCUACCUGGAAAACAAUUUGGUUGACUACCCCAAAUUCCUUCUUCUCUUCCAAGAUAGACCUAGCACAUGUGAACUGAAGGAAGAAGUAGCCAGAUUCUCUCUACGGCUGAAAGAUCAGAAUAUUCGUGUGGAUAGAAUACGCUACAUAGAAAGAUUUGGAGGAGACCUUGCCAGAUACAGCCACGCUCAGAAACAACGUCCAUUACAGGAAGUAAAUUUAGGAAUUGUUGGACUAUCACGCAUUUCCUUUGUUGACUUUGUUGGCUGUUUCCAGGAAACUAAGGUAAUGAAAAAUAAAUGGAUGAUACUGACAACUCUGAAGCAAUUGCAAGAUAAUGACACUAUGCUACAGAAUUCCAAGACUAGUUUUCUGCAACAGAAAUCAUCAGGCAAGCUUGAAGAAAGCAUCAAAAAUGAUUUUACUUUACUUAAACAGAAAAUGCAUGAAAGGGGAUUUGCAAUGCAAGCACAUUUCCCACCAUCGUGUCUGGAAGUUGGCGGAGCUAUUACAGCAAAGCAACUGAAAGAAGCUCUCGAGAGCAUGGGUAUUAUAAUGAACAAAAACGAUUUCAACAACCUCUGGGUGAGAAUAGAUGCCGAGAGAAAAUGGAAAGUGCCAACGCAGCAGUUUUUAACUCAAAUGGGAAUAAAUUCCCAAGGAACUGUUCAUUGUACAACAAUGCUCAGCCCUAAUGAUCCUUUAACAGGAGUAAAUGAAGAUUUAACAAGAACGCAAGCAGCUAAAAGUAAACAAAAAACAUCAAAUAGUGUUAUUAAUUUUGAUGAUGAUGUUAUUAAGAUAUUUAAAGUUAAGUUAGACGAAGCCUGUAUGAUUAUUCUACAUGAAUUUGCAAAGUAUGACAAGCAGGAGACCUGUCAGAUUAGCAAACAGCAUUUCGGCAUGCACUGGCUAACUUGA